AACGAGAUUAGAGAAAACAUGCAAACUCUGCAGGUGCUUUUCAGAGUCUGCUGCAAAAGAUUAUUAUAUAGUGUAACUAUGGUGAAAUAAUAUUUGCUGGCUGUUGGUAGACAAAAAACCUUUAAGGUAGAAUCAUGAUUGGAGAUCAGAACUGACGUGUAUAAUUUGCUUACUGUCACAAUGCAGCGCAGUCCGCAGCAGCCUGGCAAUACAGGCCACAACCCAGGUGGAACCACUGGUUACUCAGACCCGUCAAACCAAACUAAUAAAACAGUUUACUUUUAUAAAGAUGGCGAUACUAACUUUCCCGGGAUUAGACUCAGUGUUAACUCGCGUAAAACGCGGAAUAUGGAUGCAUUGUUAAAUGAGUUGAAUUCUAAAAUACCAAAUAUGAGUUUUGGAGUUCGUAGUGUAUUUACCCCUGGUGGUCAUGACAGUAUUCAUUCUGUUGACGAUCUUGCCCAUGAUGGCAAAUAUGUAUGCUCAACUCAUCUUAAUCGUGCCAAAGGGGUCAAUCUUCAACAUGUUCGAGGAUCACGCUCAUGGCAUCAAGCUGGAAGGCCAUCUAGUGGCAAACGAUCGUACUAUGCCUCAUUACGGCAAAUUGAGAGCGAAAGGAUUUAUAGACCAAGAGCCGCGCCACCUGUCUCUAAAAAACGCUUAUCUCCCAGACCUCCACCCCCUCAGGCCAAACAUAAACCCCCCAGGAAAAUCACAGUGAUGAGGAAUGGGGAACCUGGAGAUAAACAUGUCAUCUUACUAAAUACGAGAACAGCACAGACGUUUGACCAAGUCAUGAAUGAUCUUUCUUUUACCUUCAAAAUGCCUGCAAGGAGGCUGUAUACUCUCGAUGGAAAACCGGUUUCUGGACUUUCUGGUAUAUUCAAUGGUCCUGAUACAUUUGUCUUAGCUGGCAAAGACAAAUUCAAACCCAUGUAUGGGAUGGUUCCCUACGCAAUGCAACAGAAACGCAGCCCCCGAUCUAGUCAAGAUGGCCGUCUAAGUACAUCAGAUGGAACUGUUGCCGGCAGAUUGAAGGAUAAAAGAGAAAGAGCCAAUAAGACCAGAGGCAAAUGGAAGGUGUGGGUGACAACCAAUGAACUGCCAGCAUCAGGAACGGGAUCCAAUGUCACCCUGACAGUCUACGGGAAGAAAGGCAACUCAGGGCCAUUGCCACUAGGUGGUGCUGAUUUGGGAAGUUUUGCCGCAGGGAAUGUUGAUCAUUUUGAGGGAAAACUGCUUUAUUUCAACAAGGUGUCCAUAGGUAACAUAGGAGAAAUAUAUAAGAUUCGUGUGGCUCAUGACAACAAAGGGGAGUUUCCAGGGUGGUUCCUCGAUGAGGUGAAGUUGCGAGACAUGCACACAGAAGAAGAGUUAAUCUUCACCUGUCGUCGCUGGCUGUCACGAGACGAAGACGACUCUGAGAUUUGUCGGGAACUGCCAGCAGUUAGAGAAGGGGAACCUGUCCUGCCAAUCCACAAAUAUGAAGUGACUGUCCACACUGGGGAUGUCUGGAAUGGUGGCACGAUGGCGAAUGUCUACAUAACCAUAUAUGGAGAACGUGGUGACACAGGCGUGCGACAAUUAUUCAACCCAAAACGAAAACCAAAAUUUGACAAAGCUCAGGUUGAUAAAUUUAACAUUGAGGCAGUGUCCCUGGGUCGUCUGAAGAAGAUUAUCGUUGGUCAUGAUGCAACCGAUGAAGGGGAUGGAUGGUUCUUGGAUCGUGUUGUUGUCAAGGAGUCUCCAAGAGCCUACACAGACUACACUUUCCCUUGCAGCAAGUGGUUAGAUGCAGGGGAGGAUGAUAACAAGAUCGUACGUGAGAUUAAGGUCCAGGAGGAGUUUCAGCAGGACCUUGUUGAGCAACAAUUGUGGGAGCUUGAGAAGUGGAAGUUUGAAUCUGAUCGUCAUGUGAUGUUGUUCUCCAAGAGCACAGAAAGAGCACUUAGGGUUCGUGCAGAUGGUACUGUAGAUGGGGAGGGGGACUUGAGCGAUCAUGAAGGUGUAUUGAGAGUUGUUACAAGGCGUGGCAUGGUGCGAGUGUUCAACAGUGUGGCCAAUCCACGCUUUUGGAUUGCAAUAGAUAAUGCAAAGCUUGGAACACAGGGGAGGGGGAGUGCUUAUUGUGACUUCCGUAUAAGAGUACAGCAAGAUAGAAGCAUUUUACUUGAAUCUGUGAAAUAUCCAUUACAACAGAUGACCAUCCUCCCCACUGGUCAAGCUGGGGAUUGCCGCAGUAAUACAACUAGUCCAACUGUGAAUAGGCAGUUCUAUGCAUAUUGCAAGGGUAUGUUUAGAGCGGAAGGCAUUCUGAUGUUCUGUACAUCUCUGUACCAGACUCUGGUUGUGGAUCAUGAAGAUAACCUUUAUGCCACAGGAAAGCGUAACCGCACAGCACACUUCAAAGUCCACAAAGUCUCUGAGGGAAACAUCCGCAUGUUUGAGAGUCUUGUGUCACCUAAUAAGUUCUUGAGAAUGAAAGAUGGACAAUGUGACUGCCAGGGUUCUGGAGAUGAGUCUUGCCAGUUUAAAGUUGAACGCUACAAGGAAAAGGGCUACGUCACGCUAGAAUCAAUCUCCAAUAGGGGGCUCUUUGUAGGGAUGACACCAGAUGGCAGUGUACGCCCAACAGUAGACACUGGAGCGAACAAUGUCCGGCUGUACCCAGAAGUGCUUCACUUUGGAUUCUCAAAGAAUGCCCCAUCUCCCGCUCUCGAGUCUGUCCCUGAGCCAGCUCUGGUUGCAACCCCUCCCCCUACCAAGAAAACCCUACGCAGUAAAACAAAAACACCUGCAAGUCGAGAAAAGCCACCACCCUCAAGGAAACAGAAGAAGAAAGUGGAGAAGAAAGAAAGUACAAAAGUGGUUGAGGUUGAAAAGGAAGAGGUAGCUCAAGAGGAAGAUGUGAAGGAAGAGGUUAAAGAGGAAAGGAAGGUUGAUAGCGCUGCUUCUAAAUCAUCAGUUGCUUCAUUGUUUGAAGAAGGUGAUUGGAAGGUUUGGAUUCACUCUGAAGAGACUGCACAAAAUGCUCACAUUGUCAUGGUUGUCUAUGGGGACAAGGCAAACUCUGGGCCUAUCAUCCUUGGUACUGCAGGAGAGGCAAAACUGUUCCUUAAGGCCAACAAUGAUCACUUUAAGGUGAAUUUGAAGAGUGUUGGAGAGAUCUACAAAAUGAGAAUAGAGCUGCAACAUGCGACCACGGUGACUGCUCCAAGUGAUAUGUCUUGGAAAGUAAAAGAGGUGAAACUACAAGAUUAUACAACCAAGGAACUGUUGAAGUUUAAGUUAAAUAGAUGGCUCUGUAUGCAAGAGGAUGAUGGGGCACUGAUGAGAGAACUACCAGCAAUUAGACCAAAACAACCAGUCCUACCUGUGUUGCGUUAUGAGAUUGAAGUUCACACAGGGACUGAGCCAGGCUCCGACACUGAUGCCAACGUUUACUUGCAAUUGUCUGGGGAGAGGGGAGACACAGGGAAGCGAUUGUUACAUAGGUCAGAUAAGGAGCAGAAGUUCCUAGAAGGACAGGUGGAUACAUUCUAUGUGGAGGCUGUCUCACUAGGCAUGCUAACAGAGUGCACUAUCAGUCAUGAUGGAGAAGGUCCGGGUGAAGGCUGGUUCUGUCUCAAGGUAGUCGUCAGGGAACACCAAGGGGAUGACAAACAAUACGUUUUCAUGUGCAACAGUUGGCUUGAUGCUGGUAUUGAUGACAAAAAGACAGAACGGACUCUUACUCUUUUUGAUAUUGAUGCAUAUGAUAAUGAGCUGAACGUGGUGGCUCAAAGAUUGGCAGAGGAGAUCCUGCAAGAUGUAUUGGACUCUGAUAGUGAGUUUGACUUAGCAUUGACAGCCGUGGAGUCAGAUGAUGGAGAGGUAGAGGUAUUAGAGAAAGAUGAGCCAAAAGAUGGAGAUUGGCACAUGUUGGUAACAACAGGCAAACAAAGCAGCACCAUGACAACCAUAGAUGAUGUAAUCCUUGUGGUGUAUGGCACCAAGCAACAGUCAGCACCAAUAACCCUUGGCUCUGGAAAGGCAAACCUUUUCCUACCUGGCACCACUGAAGAGUUCAAUAUUAACAUAGGGACUGAUUUAGGUGAUAUUUACAAAGUUAGAUUUGGACUUAAGAACGCCACCCCUGAGUCUGGAUGGUUUCUUGAACGUGUCAAGGUGAAGGAUUUGUUCCGGAAGGAACUAUUCAAUUUCAAGGUGAAUCGCUGGUUUGCAUAUGAGCAAGAUGACUGUGAUAUUUGGAGAGAACUACCUGUUGUACGGCCAGGCAAACGCCCUUAUCCUGUUCUGAAGUAUACUGUUGAAGUGUACACUGGCACCGAACCUGGAGCAGAUACAGAGUCAAACAUCUAUGUGAACAUACAUGGUACUAGGGGGGACACAGGAUCAAGGCGGCUUUAUAGGACCCUCAACAACUCCAUAGCUUUCCAGGAAGGCCAGAUGGACCAGUUCACCAUUGAGGCUGUCCACCUUGAUGAAGUGAAUAAACUUGUGGUGGGUCAUGAUGGGGAGGAAUCUGGUGCUGGGUGGUUCUUGGAGAAAGUGAUUGUGAGAGAACCAGAGGAAUUUGGCAAGGAGUAUUAUUUCCCAUGUUCAAGAUGGCUGGAUUGUGGCCAAGAUGAUGGCCUUAUAGAGCGCGAACUAGUGGUGACAGCGCCACCUGCCAGCUCUGUAGGACAUUACAAGGUGAUCAUCAAAACACACACUGAUUCCCUAGAGGCUCCAACUAAUGCCAAGGUUGACUUUGUUGCCUAUGGUGAGAAGGGAGUGAGUCAGGAGAUUACUCUAGAAGGGGAAGAAAAGUUUACUCCAGGCAGUGAAAAUGAAUUUGAGGUUCACUUAGGGGACAUUGGAGACUUGUACAAGGUGCGUGUAUCACAGGAGGACAAUAACGACUGGGACGGGUGGUACCUGGAAUGUCUUACACUUGUUGAUAUGGAUACACAGGAAGAGAAACGUGUGAACUUUGAUCGCUGGAUGGCACGAGAUAGAGAUGAUUGGGACGUUGUCAGGGAGAUGCCUGUUGCUAAGGACAAUAAAGAGCUUUUACCUACACAGUGCUAUGAUGUUCACGUUCAUACAGGCGACCACUGGGCAGCAGAAACCGAUGCUGAAGUAUACAUUACCAUAUAUGGAAGUAAAGGUGAUACUGGAAAACGCAAACUCAUCAAAUCUAACCAAUCAGAAAAAUUCCUGCGUAACCAAGUGGAUACAUUCACAAUAGAGGGCGUCACAGUUCAAGAGUUGUCAGCAGUUGUGGUGGGUCAUAAUGGGGUUGGUCAUGGAGCAGGUUGGUUCUUGGAGAAAAUUGAAAUCGAGACACGUGAAGGAGAGACGAGUGAUGUCAUGUAUACAUUCCCCUGUGGUAGGUGGCUUGAUGAUCAUGAGGAUGACCAUGUCACAGAGAGAAAACUUCGACCACUUGGCACACUCAACAAGACUAUAGAGCAGCCAAGACCCAAGUCUGACGCUAAAACUCAAGGUGCAUGGAAAGUGGUUGUACAUACCAGUGAUCUACACAAUGCUGGAACUCUUGCAAAGGUUCAUCUGACUGUCUUUGGGGAUAAAGGAGUAUCAGGGCCUACCCAGUUAACCACAGGGAAUGAGGAGGACUUUUCCCAGGGGGCAUCAACCUCCUUUAACAUCAAUCUUGGUGAUAUUGGUGAUCUAUUUAAGAUCCGAUUGGAGCAUGACAACUCCAAUGCAUUCCCAGCAUGGCAUGUUGAUAAGGUGAUCAUGGAAGAUGAAGACACAGGGGAAGAGCUUGUUUGCUAUAUUGACAGAUGGCUUGCAGUUGAUGAGGAUGAUCAUUCACUAUGUAGAGAGAGUGCAGCUGCUACAACGAGAAUGCAGACUCUCCCAGUUCUCCAUUAUGUUGUCUGCAUACAAACUGGGAAGCUACCAAAGGCCAGCACUGAUGCAAAUGUCUACAUAAACAUAAUCGGGGAAAAUGGCGACACUGGAAAGCGUCACCUAUUGAGCUCUUUGACAAGUGAGACGAAAUGGCAGCAAGGUCAGGCUGAUGUGUUUAUAGUAGAAGCUGUGGCAUUGGGCAAGAUUGACAAUGUCAUUCUGUCCCAUGAUGGAUCCAAGAAAGAUCAGAGUUGGUUUGUUGACCAUGUAAGCAUACGUGAGAGUGAGUAUGCUCUGACAGAGACUGUGUUUGACUUUGGGGGCUGGCUUGAAGCUGGAUCAGAAGGGGCAGAGGUGUCCCUUCUACUUUCAGGUGAUGAGGUUGCCAUUCCUCUACCCCCAUACCUUGACGAGAACUACAACCCCACAGGGCCAAGCUCAGGGAGGUGGAUCAUCUGGGUAAUAUGUGCCUCUGAGAACCUCCCUGGGACCACUGCAAGCCUCAGUAUGGUUGUGUACGGCACACACGGCAACUCUACGCACAUUCAGCUGUCUAACACGGAUGAGACUUUACAGAACUUUGAGCCAUUGUCUAGUCAGGCUUUUGAUGUUGACAUUGAAGACAUUGGAAAAUUCUACAAGAUCCGACUCUGCCUCAGUCCACAGACACAGAAUGAGUCAGUCCAUAUCAAAAAGCUGAAGAUGAAGGAUAUUGAAACGGGGGAAGAAUAUCUAUUCCUGUAUAAUGAUUGGCUCUCCAAGACAGAGACAAAUCCUGAUGCUUGUGUAGAGCUACCAGUAGUCAGACCUGACCUUCAACCUCUCAAAGAAACUGUGUAUGUUGUUUCUACAACAACUGGUGCGGCUCCACGUGCAGACACAGAAGCCACUGUAUAUUGUAAAAUAUAUGGCGACUGGGGCGAUACAGGCUCAAGGCUCCUCGCAACAUCAACAAAUAAUACGCAAAAGUUUCAACAAGGGCAGACUGAUAUAUUCCGUAUCUCAGCUGUGGACAUAGGUGAUGUACGCAAGGUUUUGAUUGGUCAUUCCUCAGAGGGUAGGGGUCAAGGUUGGCUGUGCCAGCAAGUCACUGUUAUUGCCAAGGAGAUGUCAGAUCGUGAAGUUGUGUUUCCAUGUCAUAGGUGGCUUGACACUGGUUGUGAUGAUAGAAAGUUGGAAAGAGAACUUCUUCCCCUCACAGAUGUCCCUGUCUUUGAUGUGGAGGAGAAACAGACCAUUGAAUCUAAGGGUGAAUGGAAAUGCUAUGUGAACAUGUACAACAAGAGUCCUGAAGGCACAUUAUCCCCUGUACAGUUGUACGCAGUGAUGUAUGGAGAUAAAGGUAAAACUGACAUGUUAGAGCUGAAGAAAGAAGAGACUGAGGCUGGAGAAGAAGGCCACAUGGAUGAAUACCAGUUGAAGUUUGAAGUUGGCCAGCUGUACAAGAUGAGAGUGCACUACUCCCAGGAGAACACUCCUGACUCUAUAUGGCCUGUGCAGGACAUCUUACUGGAGGACACUUCCACUAAGGACCAAUAUAAGUUUGACUUUGGAGGAUUCAUAGAUGAGGGUUAUACCCAGGAUUCUCUGGAACUUCCUGUGACAAUUUCUGGGAAAGUACCUGCUCGAGUGGUGAACUACAUCAUGACUGUCUACACAGGGGAGGUAGAGAGAAAUGGCACUGGUUGUCAAGUGAAUGUUUGUCUCCAUGGUAACCUUGGAGACACAGGGUCAAGGUCAUUGAAGUUGAACCAAGAUGGAGAAGAACCCUUCCAAAGUUAUCAGGUUGAUACAUUUGAAGUGAAGGCAGUUGACCUAGGAGACAUAGAGAAGAUCUCUAUAGAGAAGAUUGGUAACACAAUGUGGUUCUUGAAGCAGAUCACCAUCAAGGCAGGCCCCUAUGCUCCAGUGGAAUACAUCUUCACCUAUGACAAUUGGUUGGGUCACAAUGAGGAUGGGGAUGUUAUGGAGUUGGAACUGACUCAUACUGAUGAGACACUCGGUGAUGUGGCAGAGAAGGAUGUAGAAGGCAUCAAGAAGACUGAGGGUAGUUGGGAAGUGUGGACUACUACAGCUGCUACAGAGGGUGAGCAGGAUUCAUUCCAGGGUGAUGCCCAGGUAGUUGUAGUCUUCUGUGGUGACAAAGGGGACACCCAACCUGUACCUCUCACCCCUUCUGAUGAAGAUAAGAUCUUCCAACCUGAGCAGACGGACAAAUUCAAAAUUGCGAUUGACGAUGUUGGUGAGAUAUUCAAAGUGAGGUUAGGGUUGACAGGAACCAAUGAAAUGGCUGCAUGGUUUGUUGAGGAGGUGAGGUUUCAGGAUGAACAUACACGGGACACAUUCCACUAUGAGCUUAAUACCUGGGUCAGACUAGAUGAUGCCCACGAUGGUCUUCUGGAGUUUCCAAUCAUCUGGCCUGCAGUAAAAACAUUCCAAGUGAUCAACUACUGUGUGGAGGUGUAUACGGGCAAUGAAACAGAGGCUAGUACGGAGGCAAAUAUCUAUAUGACCUUAUAUGGUAAACAUGGCAAUACAGGGAAGAGAAUUCUCAAGCAAUCCAGCAACAAUGACAAACCAUUCUCCAUUGGACAGAUGGACAUAUUUGAAGUGCAGGCUGUUGACUUGCAAGAUAUUGACAGAGUUGUGAUUGGUCACGAUGGAACGGGUGAAGGUUGUGGCUGGUUUUGUGAAAAAGUCAUCAUCAAAGAGUCCCCUGAUGCUGAGAAGCAAUAUUAUUUUGGAUGCAAUAGGUGGUUAGAUGCAAGUAAAGAUGAUGCAGCAAUUGAGAGAGAACUUGUCAUCUCUGAACUCCCAACGCAAGAGGAUCCUAAAACACCUGUAAAAGAUGAACAGAAUAUCUGGAAUGUCUCCAUAAUAAACAGUGAUGGAGAGAAGGCAAAGAUGGAAGAUGAUUGGUCAGGAAAUAUUGUCAUGGUGAUCUAUGGCAAAAAUGGACGCAGUGAUGAGAUUGUCAUUGGAUCAAUCCAUGAUAGAAUCAUUAAUGAACAGGAGGAUGCUUUUGAGACUGAGAUAAAGGAUGACCUAGGAGAGGUGUAUAAGAUACGACUUGGUUUCUCACAUGAUACCACUGGAACCCCAUCAUGGCAACCACAGAUGAUCACUCUAACGGAACAAAAGUCUAAUGCGGAGUACAAGUUCCCCGUGACUCGUCCUGUUGCCUUGACAACACAUGUUGAUGGCUGGGUUGAGUUUGCCAGCCUUGAUAAGGAAGAUGAACUUCAGAAUGUCGCAUAUGAAGUUGUUGUUUUCACUGGAGAUGAGGAAAAUGCCGACACUGAGGCUAAUGUUUCCUUAGAGAUCAUAGGAGAACAAGGAGACACAGGCAAGAGGAAACUCAUCACUAGUACUAGUGAAAACCAGGAAAAAUUCAGGAAAGGACAGGAGGACACUUUCCGACUUGAUGCAAUAGACUUACUGACUGUAAAUAAAGUUGUGGUGGGUCAUGAUAAUCAAGAUGGUGGGCAAGGCUGGUUCCUUGACAAGAUCCUGAUUAGAAGACUCUCUAGUGAGGGAAUCCCUGAAGUGCAGUACAUCUGUCAAUGUACAAGAUGGCUUGAUAAGGAUCAAGAUGAUGGUGCUAUAGAAAGAGAACUGCUAGCUGAAAUGUACAAACCUCCAGAACCAACAGAAGAUAGAUGGAAUAUACAUCUAACAAAUGGUAAAGGUGAUGAUGUAACAGAGUUGCUCAAGGACCAAUGGUCUGGGAAGGUUGUCAUGGUGAUGUAUGGUGCUAAUGGACAAAGUGAACCAAUUACACUGGGUGAAAUCAAUGAGGAUAAGUUUAAUGAUGAGGCAGAAAAUGAGUUUGAGGUUGCUAGUGAACCAAGAGAUCUAGGGACUCUGUAUAAAAUCCGACUGGGAUAUUCUGAUGAUGCAACAAGUUUGCCCUUAUGGAGACCUAUCAAGAUUAAACUUGAUCAUAUUGAGUCCAAGGCAGAAUAUGUGUUUGAGAUGACAAAACAAGUUGCUAUAACAACAGAACAAGAUGGCUGGCUUGAAGUUCCUGCAAAUGUGAAUGAUGAAUCUUCUGCAAAAGAUAUUUUACCUGUUCACCAUUACCAGGUGAUAACAUACACAGAUGACAGGUUUGGUGCUGGGACUGAUGCUAAUGUUUACAUAGAGCUACAUGGAGGUAGAGGCAACACAGGGAAGCGCAAACUGCACAGGUCUCUUCUUGAUGGAGAAAACACAUUUGAGUCUGGAAAUGUUGAUUUCUUCACCAUAGAGGCAGUUGACCUGAAUGAACUGACCAGUGUUACUAUUGGCCAUGAUGGCCAGGGUGUGGGUCCUGGUUGGUACUUAGACAAGGUUGUGGUGAAAGAAUCCAGUGAGGCUGAACAACAGUAUAUCUUCCAAUGUGGCAGAUGGUUGGAUGAAUCAGAAGAUGACGGUGCCAUUGAGAGAGAGCUACCCCUUACUAAAGUAGAGGGUCAGGAAAAAGAAGGUGAUGACUGGAAAGUUUGGAUUGUGAAUGGCAACCAUGACAACGCUCCUGCAUCACAUGAUGACUGGACAGGCCGUGUUGUCAUGGUAGCAUAUGGAGAACAGGAGAAGAGUGAGGAGAUCACAUUAGGACCAAUAGGUGUCGCCUCUCAGGGAAGAUUCCUUGAUGAACAAGAGAGCAAGUUCCAGGUGGUGUUAAAGGCUGGACUAGGGGAUGUUUAUAAACUGAGACUUGGUUACUCUGAGGAUACUUGUUACAAUGGCGAUUCCUCAGAUACAGCUACUUUGUCCUGGAAACCCAAAACUAUGAUGCUCCAAAACUUACUAAGUGGUAAGAAGUUUAUGUUCCACAUUGAUGCAGCUGUUGCUAUCACGAAAGAUACAGAUGGUUGGCUGGAAAUCCCAACUAAAGCAGACCAUUCAGGUCUAGUACAGGAAUACCAGGUUGAGGUAUACACUGGUGAUAAGUUGGGAGCUGGAACUGACGCCAAUGUUUACCUAGAAAUUUAUGGAAAGAGAGGUGACACAGGACGACGCAAACUCAAGAAAUCUUUAAAUAAUUACAACAAAUUUGAGUCUGGGAAGAUGGAUGUUUUUGCUGUGACCGCUGUUGACCUGCUUGAACUUGACUAUGUUGUGGUGGGUCAUGAUGGGAAAGGUGCUGGCUCUGGAUGGUUCCUCGAUAAAAUUAUCAUUAAAGACUCCCCCGAGUCUGAUGAGAAGUUUGAAUUUGAAUGCAAUCAGUGGUUGGAUGAGGGAGAAGGUGACGGCAGGUUGGAACGAGAGCUUGACGUCAAGAUUAAUGAACCUCCCCCAACAGAGAAAACCUGGACUGUUACCACGACAACUGGUAAUGACCCCAAGGAUGAAGCUACUGCUCAGGUUGCUAUAGUGAUAUAUGGUGACAAAGACUCUUCCAAGUCCCUACCCCUUGGAGAAAAUAAGAAAAAUAAAUUCAAAGCUGGUACCACCAAUGAUUUUAGGGUUGAUAUAGAUGAAGAAUUGGGUGACAUUUACAAAGUUAGAGUGGGAUACAGUGAAGACAAACAUGCCUCCUGGUUCCUAGACACGAUGAAGAUUGCACAUGUGGAGAGUGGAAAGUCAUAUGAAUUUGAACUUAAUGACAGACUUGUAAAAAAUGACGAUGAUGAUGGAUGGAGGGAGAUACCAGUUAAACAAGAUAACCAACUCCAAGUGAACGAGUACCAGGUAAUGGUGUACACAGGCAACAAGGAGAAUGCAGGGACCAAGGCUAAUGUCUACAUGAAGGUUGUGGGAGAGAGAGGAGAUACAGGGAACAGACAGUUGCUCAAGUCUCUAACUUAUGGUGGGGACAAGUUGCAGGCAGACCAUAUGGAUCUAUUUGUUGUGGAGGCAGUGGACCUGGGUGUGAUUAGGCAGGUGGUAGUGGGUCAUGAUGUCCAGGAGUCUGGAGCAGGAUGGCAUUUGGACAAGGUAGUCAUCAAGGAAUCUCAGCAAUCAGACAAGGAAUAUGUAUUUGAAUGUAGCAAUUGGUUGGACAUUGGAGAAGAUGAUGGGAGCAUAGAACGCACACUGGAAAUUUCCACGGCAACAUCAAUGUCAGUACCAUAGUAUGUUGGAAGUAUUCACUGCAAUGUCAAUGUCAGUACCAUAAUGUAUUGAAAAUAUCAACCCAUCAUCAAUGUCAGUACCGUAGCAUGUUGAAAAUUUCCACUGCAACAUCAAUAUCCAUACCAAAGACAUUGAAAAUAUCCAGAACAAUGACCUUGAAUCUUACUGCCGUUGCUCUCACAACAGAUAUAACUAACUGCAAUGUUAUAUAUGCCUUUAAUGAAAAUUUGCCAAACUUGAUAAAAAAUGGAACCCGGCGUGGGGACUGCCUUAAAAUGACCCUCAUUCACAUAUAAUCACUUGACAUACUUGGUGAAUUGUCUCUGCAUGGUCUUUUACAAUUAUUUUUUGAAAAAACAUGAAUGACAUUCGUCAUUUCAUAUGUACAUGUAUAAAAAGAUGGUGUAAAUUAUAGCGUUCUGUUUACAGUCGCCAAAUUUAAUUGCUCAUCCUAUGACAAAAUAUAAUAUAUUGAUGUACAUGUUUAGUUUUGUCUCAUAAGUUGUCAAAAAAUUAUUUAGAUAUUCAUUAUUUUAUCAAGUAUGAAAUAUAGCCAAAUGGUAAUAAUCUGAUAUUAACAAAAUACAGCCUUUUAGAAAUAAUAUAUCAUUCAUUUUUGAAAGCUUUACAUGAUUGCCUUUUAUUAUUUUAUUAUUUCUUUUAUUUAUUUAUUAAUGUAAAUUCUAUUGAGUUUAAAUGUUAUAAACAUUUUUUCGGUAGGUAAAAAGCAUUGUAGAAUCCGCUGCUUUGUACUACUAUGAGUAUAUCUUUGUAUCAUGGUGCAAUGAUGUAACCUUUACAAAACCCAUAUUAUGAAACUCUAUACAUAUAUCAGUAUCAUGGUACCUAAUGAAGCUCAUGGUAUGAAAAGGGAAAUGAUAAUACCCAUAUACAUUAAAUGAUGAAAUUGUAUCAUUUUGUUAUUGUAUUGUUUAUUGAUUGUAAUUUAUAUAUGAAUAAAAAAGCUAUAUGUGCCAUUAUUUGAUUUCUUAACAAUAUUGCCUAAGACAUGUGGCCCAUAGAUAUUACAAGUAAAUGUUUAAUCUGGGGUUCAAUCAGCACCUCAAGAAGUUCAUUAAACCCUAAAAAUCUCCCUGUUCAGUUUUUUAGUGUACUUUUUGAAUAUUACUCCAUUUGAUCUUAGAUCAACGAAUGAUUACAACUUUAAGUAAACAAUGUUAACUGUUAUGUUAUCUAUUUAUUGUACAUAAAUAUAUACAUAUUAUAUAUUAUACAUAUAUUAGAUUUUAUUCAUUACAUUAUAUAUUUUUGUAUGAAUCUGUUAUAGAGUGCUUUAACUAGAUCUCUUAUACUGUAUAUCAUUGUUGGAUUAUAAGAAGUAAUUACAAAGCAUCACAACUGAAGUAUACAAAUCUAGUGUGUGAAUGAACUGGUUGGAUUUUACAUGUUUUAUGCUUAAUAUAAGCAUGGCUUUUUUUUCUUAAUCAUAGUGAUGAUAUGUAUUUUUUUGUAAGAUAUGUCAAAACAAAUACUGGCUCAACCUGGAGUAGAAUUGUUAUUGUUUCUAAAGUAUUAUAAUUGUUAUUUACAUGUACUUGGUAUUUAUGUGUAGUUCAACGACAUCUUGCCAAAGUAUUGUUCGUAUCUACAUAUUGUAUUGUGUAAUAGUUAUGUAAUAGUUACACCUAUGAGCGAUUUUAAAAAUAAUUUUAGUUUGGCUGCCUUCAAUAAUAUAUAACUUAAUAGUAUUUUUUAUUUCCGUCCCUCUGUACAUGUGUGGAUUAAAAGAUCUGUAUUUUUGUGCAAUAUGAAUAUGUUCUUGUAAUAUAAGUUUUAAAUUUUAAGUGCAUGUAAAAUACCAUGUGCAUGUUUCUUCUGUGUUAUAUCUUAGAUCUGCAUCUAGAAAUAUAUUACAAGUAAAUAUAAAAUAAGACAU